GAGUAGAGAGGAUGAUGAGACGCUAAGAAUUCAACUCCGUCGCCUAACUUGAAACCUUUUAUUAUUAGCGGAGGCGUCGGUGUGGGUGCUGCUCUCGUCGGGACAAGCCGAAGAUCUUUCCUCCCUUUGGCCAUGGCGUCCUCACCAACUUCCCUCCAAAUACUCGAUCAGUUCCAGAUCUCUCCUCCACCGGGCUCCGUCCCUGAGACCUCCCUCCCCCUAACCUUCUUCGACAUCGUCUGGCUCUUCACCGGCCCCGUCGAGCGUGUCUUCUUCUACCCAUUUCCCCACCCUACCUCCCACUUCGUCACCCACCUCCUCCCCACCCUCAAGUCCUCCCUCUCUCUCACCCUCCAACACUUCUACCCCUUGGCCGGCCGUGUCAGGCCCUCCCCUGACCCAUCCUCCGAUGCCGAGUUCGAGAUCUGCUCCUCGGGUGGCGAUUCCGUUGCUUUGAUCUUGGCAGAGUGCUCCCAUGAUUUCCAUCAAUUGUCAGGCGACCACCCUCGCAACUUCGGGGAAUUAUACGAAUUGAUCCCCCAAUUACCCCAUUCUAACGAUGGCACGAUUCCGCUGCUAGCCCUGCAGGUGACUCUGUUCCCGGAGCACGGCAUCAGCAUCGGCGUUGCGAUCCACCAUGUGGCGUGCGACGACUCCAGCUCGAUGCAUUUCAUCAAGUCAUGGGCAGCUGCUUGCAGGCUAGGAGGCUCGGACUCUCCAGUCACGCCGCCUCCCUUGCAUGACCGGAGCGCGAUCGCCGAUCCCGAUGGGUUGUACUCGAAAAUACUCGCAGAAAUCGAGGGACUAAGAGCCGGCGGACCGCCGCCGGCGCCGCCCCCUCCGGAAUCGCCAUCGGUCGGUGCCGAGCGACCCUGUGUGGUUAUUGCCUCGUUCUCCCUCACCCGAGACCAAAUCGAAAGGCUCAAACAGCUUGUACUGGAAAAAUCCAGGAAGGGCGAGGCGUCGCCGAUUCAUUGCUCGGCCUUCGUGGUGGCUUGCGCAUUUGCCUGGAAGUGUCUCGUUAAAGCUCAGGGAGGGUAUGCGAGCGCAAGCAAGAAGACUGCCCAUCUACUGUUCUCGGUGGAAUGCAGGAGCCGCUUGAAGCCGCCGGUCCCCGCCGAGUACUUUGGGAAUUGCUUAAGGCCUUGUUUUGUGGAGCUGCCAAUGUGCGAUCUUGUUAAGGAUGAUGGUGUUUUGUUUGCAGCUGAGGCUAUUGGUAGAGCUAUCAAGUUGUUGGAAGAUGGAGUUCUCAAGGGUGCAGAGGGGUGGUUUCAGAAGAUUGUUUCUUUGAUGCCGGAGCAGCCCAUGUCGGUCGCCGGAUCGCCUAAGUAUAGAGUCUAUGAUGCUGAUUUCGGGUGGGGAAGGCCGAAGAAGGUCGAGGUGGCAUCGAUUGAGAAGACGCCCGGCACGAUAUCGCUUGCAGAGGGUAGGGAAGAGCAAGGAGGAAUUGAGAUUGGUGUGGUGCUACCGAAGGAUGAGAUGGAUGAAUUCAGCUCUUGCUUCUCUAGUGGCUUAAAACUUCUUUGAAUUAAUGUUCUAGUUGCUUGAGUUUGAUUGUUGAUUUGUUAUAUCAGGAAACUGUUAAGAGCUACAUUGAAUUUUCCUCAGUUUGUCUCGAGUUUCUGAGUUUAUAAUGGCAAUUAGUGAAGUGAAGUGGACUACUAAUUCUGAGAUGUAAAGCAGAGAGAGAGAGAGUAGAUUGCUUAAUUA